AUGCCAUUCCUUGGGCGCCUUGCAGCCGUAGCCCUAUGGGUUACGGCUUCUUCUGCCUCAUUCUAUGACAACAAUUGUCAGAUCUGGCCCAACAAAGUGAUACCAUACUGUUUUGAUUCAUCGGUAACAUCAAGCUACCAGACCCAAUUUGAAAAAGCUGUCAAAUUAUGGACUGAUAAAGGGAUCCCAGUCACCUUUGAGAAUCAUCAAGAUUGCCCAACAUCUGAAGACACAGUCCGCAAAAUGCUCAAGGUUUCUACGCAGUCCGAGAAUCACAUGGCGUCUACGUAUGGCUAUCUCUAUGGGGAUAAGUCUGGUAGUCGAAUUAGAUAUCAAGAACUAAAGAUUGGUCUUGACUAUACCCCCCAUUACAAGACUUCUACCUUAAGGAAGAGCACAAAAUAUGUUGGAGCUAUUGCCCACGAACUCGGACGUGUUAUGUGUCUUUUGAAUGAAAACCAGCGAGGUGACCUAACGAACGAACUCCAAUGGCAAUGCGAAAAUCUGUAA